UUCAAUGUUAUAAAAUCAACCGGCAAAUUGUUAGAGAUAUUUUUUAUUUAUUUGUGUAUUAAAAUAGCCUUUAAAGUGAUGCUUCUUAGAAGAAUUAAGUGCCUGCGAUAUUUGGGAACCCGCUACAACAGUUCGCACUAUGUGACAACUCCAAUUUUCUAUGUAAAUGCAGCUCCUCAUAUUGGUCACCUGUACUCAGCGGUCAUAGCCGAUGCCCACUGUCGCUACCAGAGGCUAAGGUAUCCGGAGCAGCACGUACGACUCUGCACGGGCACGGAUGAGCACGGCACCAAGAUCCAGCAGGCGGCAUCUCUUCACGGGAUUCCCGUGGCCAAAUACUGCGAUGAUAUAUCGCUGCGAUAUCGGGAGGUGUUCCGCAGUGCCAGUAUCCAGCCGGAGGACUUCAUUCGCACCACCGAGGACAGGCACAAGCGGGCAGUGGCCCAUUUCUGGCGCAGACUUCACACACGUGGGCACAUUUACUCGGCCGCCUACAGCGGCUGGUAUUGCGUGUCGGAUGAAACCUUCCUCACCGACUCCCAGCUGAGAUUGGACGAGGCCUCCGGCACCCGAUACUCCCUGGAGUCUGGGCAUCCCGUCGAGUGGACCGAAGAAACCAACUAUAUGUUUCGACUGUCACAGUUCCAGGACGAUGUGCGUCAUUGGGUGAAGGAGGAGGCUCGCAUCCGCCCGGCCAAGUUCGAAAAGAUUCUGCUGGACACGCUCAGCGAACCACUGCCGGAUGUAUCGGUAUCUCGUCCUUCCAACCGCGUACACUGGGCCAUUCCCGUGCCGGAUGAUGAUUCGCAGACUGUGUACGUCUGGUUGGAUGCUCUAGUCAACUAUCUCAGCUCUGUGGGCUAUCCCGAUGAAGAGUUCUCCGCCCACUGGCCACCGGCGCAGCAAGUGAUUGGCAAGGACAUCCUCAAGUUCCAUGGCAUUUACUGGCCCGCAUUCCUCCUGGCUGCCGGCUUGGAACCCCCUGGACAGCUGUACGUUCACUCGCACUGGACCGUCGAUGGGCAGAAGAUGUCGAAGAGCAAGCACAACGUGGUGGAUCCCGUCCAGACAGCGCGCCAGUACACCAUGGAGGGCCUGAGAUACUUCCUUCUGCGGGAGGGCGUGGCCCACAGCGAUGGCAACUACAGCCACGUGAAGGCGCAGCGCAUCCUCAACUCGGAGCUGGCGGACACCCUGGGCAAUCUGCUAUCGCGUGCCAGUGCCAAGUCGCUGAAUCCCGGCCAAAUCUAUCCAUCAGCCAGCGCGGAGCACUUGGCGGAUCUGCUACGCAGCCUGGAUGCGGCCAAGCGCCUGCAGGACUCGCUUCUGCAGCUGUCAGAGCGAUGCGCGUCGCAUUAUGAGUGCAAUCACUUCCACUUGGUGGCCGACACAGCGAUGGCGACUCUGCAUGCGGCCAACAACUUCUUCGAGAGCUCCAAGCCCUGGACGCUGAAGGCGGGAGCACCGGAUGGCAACCAGGCCCGUCUGGAGACCAUAAUCGCCAUGACAAUGGACGCGCUGCGGCUCAGCGGCAUUGUGCUGCAGCCCAUAAUUCCCCAGCUGGCCAACCGGCUGCUCGAUAAGCUGAGCGUCCCCACCGCGCAACGUGGCUGGCAUUACUUGGCCGAGAGUUUUGCCACCACACCCGCCAGCUCCCCAGGACUCGGCGAGAGCCGUCAAUUGGACGGGCAAACCAGUGCGCUACUCUUCCAGCGGAUUCUCGAGGAGACGGCUGUGACGGGCGGAAAGGAGCAGAAGCCGCAGCCAGCCAAGCGGAGCAAAUCGAAGAAGAAGGAGCGCCGCGAAACAAUGUCCUGAAGUGGCCGUAAUAAACUGAUUCCAAUGCCAAGCAUUUAUUCAAGGCGAUGGCUUAAUCAUGCCAUAUAUCUUCUUCUUAUUAACUUUGGUAGUUGUCAUUUUUUAACUUAAACUUAAAUGGGCUCAGA